AUGUCAGCUACUGCUACUAUGUAUCCUUCGGAUCCAUUAGCAGAUACUUUUAUAGAAAAAUUUGAUGAGGUUGAUUUAAAAGAUGCGAAUAUUUUAGCAACAGGUAUGAACAAACAACAACUACGUGUUGUUAAUGGAUUUGGUUCAAUGAUGGGUUCAAAAGAAAUGACUCAAUUAGAUAAUUCUGAUCCAACUGCUACUUUGAAAAAUUCUCAAUUACGUCGUCAUAUUUCUGAACAACCUUGGACAAUUAAUAAUUGGCAUCAACAUUUAAAUUGGUUAAAUAUUAUUUUAGUAAUUAUUUUACCAGCAAUUGGUUGGUCAUUAUAUUUAACAAAUUUAGUACCUUUACAACGUAACGUUUUCCUAUUUUCAAUAUUAUAUUAUGGUGUUGGUGGUAUUUCAAUUACUGCAGGUUAUCAUAGAUUAUGGUCUCACAGAUCUUAUUCAGCUGCUUGGCCAUUAAGAUUAUUAUAUGCAUUUUUUGGGGCAGCUUCUGUCGAAGGUUCAAUUAAAUGGUGGGGUCAUUCUCAUAGAAUUCAUCAUCGUUAUACCGAUACUCCAAGAGACCCUUACGAUGCACGUCGUGGUUUAUUUUACUCUCACAUGGGUUGGAUGAUUUUAAAACCAAAUCCAAAAUAUAGAGCAAGAGCUGAUAUUUCAGAUUUAAACGACGACUGGAUCGUUCGUUUUCAACAUCGUCAUUAUAUUAUUAUCAUGUUAUUGUCUGCUUUUGUACUACCAACUAUAAUUUGUGGGAAAUUCUUUAACGAUUACCUUGGUGGAUUUGUUUAUGCAGGUUUAAUUCGUGUAUUUAUGAUUCAACAAGCAACUUUUUGUAUCAACUCAAUGGCUCAUUAUAUUGGUACUCAACCAUUCGAUGAUAAAAGAACUCCAAGAGAUAAUUGGUUAACUGCUUUAGUUACCUUCGGUGAGGGUUAUCAUAAUUUCCAUCAUGAAUUUCCAACAGAUUAUAGAAAUGCAAUUAAAUGGUAUCAAUAUGAUCCAACAAAAAUUUUAAUUUAUUCAACUUCUUUAUUUGGUUUAGCAUCAGAUUUAAAGACAUUUUCACAAAAUACAAUUAAUCAAGGUUUAAUUCAACAACGUGAGAAAAAAUUAUCUAAGGAUACUAAUUCAAUUCAUUGGGGUCCAAAUGUUACAGACUUACCUAUCUGGGAUAAACAAGAUUAUUUAAACCAAUUAAAAGAAAAUAAUAAUUUAGUUAUAAUUUCUGGGAUUGUUCAUGACGUUACUGGUUAUAUUACAGAACAUCCAGGUGGCCAACCAUUAUUAAAAUCUGCUUUAGGUAAAGACGCUACGAAGGCAUUCACAGGUGGUGUUUAUCGUCAUUCAAAUGCAGCUAAAAAUGUUUUAUCUGAUAUGAGAAUCGCUGUCCUGAAAGAAAAGAAAAAUGCUGCUAUUAAUUUUGCCGGUAAACAACAUAAUUUGACUAGAUCAAAGUUCACUUAA